UGUGUAACUGCCAAUGCUAGUAACAAAACGGUUCAUGACGAGGUAUUGUUCAUCUUGUUCGGUGAUAGCGUCAAUCUCUAUCGAGUUUGUAGAGCAUCGUGGAGUGCCGAUUGAAAAUAGUUAUUGAAUUUAUUAUAAAGUUAUUAUUUUAGAUAAUAGAAACGCCUGAAGGUAUACUCAAAUGUCUGAGUCAGAUCUCUUAGCUGCGGAUCAUAUUGAUGGUCUAGAUGGACUUGAAAAUGGUCAAGAUGGAGAUGCUAUUAUACAGUGCGAUGGUGUAAAGCGUGAAUUAAAUGAAGCAAACAUUGAUGAUCCGGUAUCUGAUUUUUUUCAACUAGAAACAAAUGAAUUGGAGGCCAUUAAAGCUCGAGUCAGGGAAAUGGAAGAAGAAGCAGAAAAAUUAAAACAAUUACAGUCUGAAGUGGACAAACAAAUGAACAUGGGUAGUCCACCUGGUAUAACAAGUCCAUUAAAUAUGUCACUUGAAGACAAAAAAGAAGUUGAUAACAGAUCCAUUUAUGUUGGUAAUGUUGACUAUGGUGCUACAGCAGAGGAAUUGGAGCAACAUUUUCACGGUUGUGGCAGUGUCAACAGAGUAACUAUACUGUGCAAUAAAUUUGAUGGGCAUCCCAAAGGGUUUGCUUAUAUUGAAUUCGCAGAACGAGAUUCUGUACAAACAGCUAUGGCAAUGGAUGAAUCUAUGUUUAGAGGACGGCAAAUUAAAGUGAUGCCUAAAAGAACAAAUAGACCAGGAUUCUCUGUAACCAACAGGGGACCACGAGGAACGCGAGGCUACCGAGGUAUGGCCAGGGGAAUCAUACGUGGCAGUGCAUACUUUGGGUAUAGACCUACAAGGCGACCUAGACGGGGUUACUACAUGCCGUAUUGACCAUUUUAAAAGAUCUUACUACUAUUUUACAAAUUAAGGUAAGUUCUUUACAUUGACAUUUAAUUUAUCUAUUUCCUAUGAUUGUUCAAACAUGAAACGUCCAUACUAGAGUAACUAAAGACUUUUUAUACUUCAGAGUAUUUAUAUGCGUUUAAGAUAUAUAUUUUUACGAAAUUAUGUAAAAUACAUUUGCAAUAUAGAGGCAAUAAUUGAUAUAGACGAAUUACUUUGUUUGAACAAUCAAAUUAUACAAAGUGUUUGACAACAGGUGAGAAAAAAUUUGAGAAGUAAUUUUUUAUAACGAUAUAAAAUGAAACCUAAGAGUAAAAAGAAUAUGAUUCUCACUUUAUUUUCUGGUAAUUAACAAUUCAAAACUUCUGCGAACUAUGACAGUUCACAUAUAGGGAUGUAUAUGUGGCAGAUCAAUGGAAAUAUAAACAGUAACACAUUAUAAAAACGUUAGAAACAGAUAUAAUGUACAAUACAUGCUGCUAUUGGUGAAUUUUUAAUGAUUUAACGAAGUUGUAAAUAUAUAAUUUUGCAUAAAGAUCUGCAAUCUAUAUUACUGCAGUUACAUAUAAGAAUAUAAUAGCAAAUAAAAUGUUUACACGCCUCUUUAGAAAACUGCAAUUUUUUAUGAAGAGUUUUCAAAGUUUCCGGAUGCAAUUCAUCUCCAUUGGGAAAGAUUUCUCGACUUUUCACUGACAUUGCAGCUAGUAUUAUGAAUAAUCUGUAAACUUAGUGAUACUGAUAAGAAAACUCAGUUUUCUUUUUAAAGUUAUGCUAUGUUUAGAUGAAUGAUAAUUACAGUUGAUGAUUUUUAAUUGAUCAGUUGAUCAAUUCAUAUAGGUAUUUGGUUAUCGUCCAUCCGAUUAUUGUAUACCUUUAAAAAGAAAAUACUGAUACUAUCCCAUCAGUGUCGGCGAGUUCACAAACUGCAGGAUGCUAGAUGCAAUGUUAGCAAAACGUUGAGAAAAUCUUUUCCAAUAGAUACAGCUCUCUUUCGAAAACACUUACUAUACUAUUUUUGCCUGUGGAGAUCUAAAAAAAAUCAUGAAUUUUUUACUUUUAACAUGUUCACGGACAGUAAAAAUUUUAAUGAGCUACGAAAAUAAAAGAAAUGUAAAUACAGUACUCUGAAGGUUGAAGUGUAUAAUAAUUUUAAAAAAUUAAAACUAUAUAGAAUUAAAUGCAUGAUAAUGUGACUUAUAAAUUUGAAUAUUAUAGCAUUCAUGUCAUUUUGCCUCACAAUGAAAAUGAAUGCUAUAGCAUUCACGUCCGUGAAUGUAUUAACCUUCGUUAUAUAUUAUUACAAAAAAUUACCUUCCAAAUAUUUUUUCCCAUUUGCUGUCACACAUACUGUGUACAAUAAAGCAAUACAUUUGUAGGAAAGGCUGGUGAAAAAAUUACAAAAUUUAGGUAUCAUUGUAAAAUUAUUAUUAUAAAUAUUAACAACAAAUAGUGAAAUAAAAAAUUACCGUUUAAUUUACUAGCCAUUCCUGGAAUGAAUGUGAAACUAUUAUUUUCUCAGUAAUAAUUAAUCUAUAUUUUGGAUUACUGUUUUAAUAUUCUGAUGUAUCUAUCUCAUUUGUCUCGAAAAUAUAAAUUUAUUAUGACAUUUAUUUGAAAUUUGAACUCAUAAAAGUAUCUGUCAAUUUUCUACAGUGAAUAGUAUAGAAAUCGUAUUUAGAUACAUUGGCUUUGUUAGGAAUACUACACUGUGCUCUACAUUUAUAUUCAGGCUUAUCACUUGUCCAUAUUUUACGUAUUGACAACAGAACGCCCGUAUUGAAUAUUAUUUUUUUUAAAAGAAGGAAGUAACUCAAUACGCUUUUUGUGAUAUUUUUUAUGGUAUUCUUAUGUUCAUAAACAAUGGAUGUUCCAAUCCAUACUGUAGAAUAUGGCCUUGUGAAAUGCAAUACAAGAUAUUGUAAGUUUUUGUGCAUAUCUCAUAGGUUACACAAAACUUACAUAUUUAUACGAACAUGCAUUACAGUAUAAUGCUGCUAAAGUGUUUAAGUAAAUUCUUAUGAUAUGUCCACA